UACUGAUUUCAGGCCGUGGUCAGAAGAGGCCAGACUCUGUAACCCUGCACAGUACCGAAGGAAUCAAACACUAGAAGACAUUCCUUUUUGGAUAUAGACAAACUCUACAUUAUUAUGGGUGUUUGUGGAUCCAAGCUUCGGAAGCAGUCGCAGGUCCUGAUGCUGGGCCUGGACGGCUCAGGGAAGACCACCCUCCUCUACAAACUGAUGUACAACGAGAGUGUGGUGACCGUGCCAACCGUGGGCUUCAACGUGGAGUCGCUGGAGACGGACAGGAGCAGCCCGAGCAUGACUGUGUGGGACGUGGGGGGGCAGAGGAAGAUGAGGCCCCACUGGAAGCAUCACUACACUGACACGGCCGGACUGGUGUUCGUGGUGGACAGCUGCGACCAGACGCGGCUGGACGAGGCUCGCAAAGAACUCCAUCGGGUCCUGAGAUAUGAGAGUCUCCGAGGCGUCCCUCUCGUUGUCCUCGCCAACAAACAGGACCUUCCAGCAGCUCUGAGCCCAGAGGCGCUUUGUCUGAAACUGGACCUGAGCAGAGUGUGUGACGGAAGAACCUGGUUCAUCCAGCCCUGCUCUGCAGCCACUGGCAUGGGACUGGAGGAGGGCUUCCGGAGGAUAGUGUAUCUGAUGAAGACCCCACUGAAACAGACUCAAGAGGACAUUAAGGUUAAGAUGAGGUCAAAGGGCUUCAGCGCCACAGCCGUGAAGCAACACUUGCUCUGCAGCAGGUGAUGGAUAAUAAUCUCUCUUGACUCGUGUGGGAGGAUUUGCUGAUCGCCUCUGUGAGUCAUCAGCCGACAGCCGCUCUCCAAGAUCAAAUGAGUUGAGGAGGUAAUAAGAUAUUAUGAUAUGCACACAGUAAUUAGUGUUUCUAUCUGUGAAAGAUAAACCUUUAACCCUCACAAGCCUCACAUGAAUUAUGAAUCUGUCAUGAUAGAGACAAGUUGUGUCAACACCAUGAGAUUCUCAGUUUCCAAGACAAUGAAAGUGAAAAACAGCAAAAACCAUACCCAGACGUUUGUGUGUCUAUAGGUUGUGAAGGUUAGCUGGACGAUGGAGGGGAGAGUGUCUCUUUGUAUGAAGAUGACAAGGAUUGUGUUAUCAAUCUUGGAUUAUCAGGGUAGUUUUGAGAAAGCAGUCAAUCUGUCAAUCAACGUUCAGAACAACCUGACUGCGCAGCCACUGUUCAAGCCACUGUUCACAGAGAACUGAUUGAUAACGAACAGGAGUGUUCUUUUCCAUAUGUGGACUGCUUCACUUUAUUUCUAUGCAUUUAUUUGUAUUAUUUUUAACAUCACAUAAUCAAUUUUUGAUACUUAAAACAAGAAUAGCCUUAAUGUUGUUG